AUGUUUGGAGCCCCCUUCGUAAAAGAAGAGGAGGCAAAGCCUUUCAUCAGACUGAAGAGACAGUCAGGAUACUGGGAUCCACACCACUCUCAGAACCAGUGGGGUUACACCAUUCAAGAACAGGGGACACUUUGCCGUGUUGUGGAUACACACCAUGAUGAAAACAACAGACUGUAUAUGGAGAUGCUGCGUAAUGCUCAGGCUCACCUGUACAGUCAGACAGUUUAA